UUUUGGACCACACGCAAGUGGACCUCGAUGCCUCGUACAGCAACGUGCCCGGCUUCGCCCGCAACGCGCAGCACGUUCCCCGUCCGGGAAGCGGCCCGCAGCAUGUCAUGCCAUCGCCGUCGGCCAACGUCUGCGCUCGGCGCGGACAGCUGCAGCACUGGCACCGGCGGGAUGGCCAUGGCCGGCUUUCCCAACUACCUGGAAGAAAAAGAGAAAUGGCUCCACUUUCUGCGCAACCAUGUCGACUCGCUCUCGGGCGCGCGCAAGUACGAAGACAUGCUCGUACGUACAAGGUGCAUUCUCGGUCCCAUGCGCUCACGCGUGCGAUAGCAAGAGGUCGCUGACCGCCAGCGCACGACCAUCACGAUCGCGCUCGACGACGUCCUCUCGUUUGAGAACGAUGAGGACUUUGUGCGCAACGUCAUGCGCAACACGCACGUCUCGCUCUUCUCGGAUGCGGUCGACGACGUCCUCCGCCUCCACCGCGUGCAAGAGGCGGCGACCGAGAACGACGCGCCCGUCGACCUUGCGACCGUCUUUCCGCCGACACUCAUGCGCCGCUUUGAGCUCCAACUUGUGCCCGGCGUCAAGACCAAGCCGGUCCCGAUCCGCGAGGUGAAGGCGUCGAAAGUGGGCAGCUUCGUGCGCAUCAAGGGCACGGUGGCGCGUGUCUCGAACGUCAAGCCACUCGUCAUCGUCGCGACGUACACGUGCGAAGUGUGCUCGUUUGAAGUCUACCAAGAGAUCAAGUCGCGCGAUUUCAACCCGCUCGUGCGUCAACACGACCAACGGGCGCCUCCUCUGUGUCAAAAAGUCACGUUGCAAGAACUACCGGACCAAGUGCCCAUGGUCCACAUUCCCCGGCCGUUCACCGUAUACCUCCGCGGCGAGCUCACCCGGUCGUGCGAGUUUCAAAACGACCUCUCGAGCGAGAAAUAG